AUGCACCCUUUCGUCAUAACAAAGAUUACCCGAAGUGGAUUGAUGUGUGUAACUGGCAGCGAGUCACCUGUUGUUGUGGUGCUUUCGGGAAGCAUGGAGCCUGGCUCUAAGAGAGGUGACAUUUUAUUCCUGCAUAUGAGCAAGGAUCCAAUUCGCGCCGGAGAAAUUGUCGUGUUCAAUAUUGAUGGGCGUGAAAUUCCUAUUGUCCAUCGAGUUAUUAAGGAGCAACUGGGCAAACUCAUGAACCUCCAGGCAAACUGCGCAAACAUACUUUGGUGCUUCCUUGGCAAGGAACUUGGUGUAUUUAGCCAUAUUUUCUCUUAUGUUUAUCUUCUUGGGUUGUAACAUUGACAUAUUCUCUCACUUCUUCUAUGUUUUACCAGGGUCCUGCAUUAUAAAUUGGGCCUUCUGCAGUGUACUACUUAACUUGAGCUCUAUCUUUAAAAAGCAAGUGAAGAAGACAAGAGUACUUCCCUUAACUUGGACAGAAAAGGUGGUGAAAUUAUAUUUCAAUAUUAGAAUAUUUAAUCCUUUUAUCUUUUCGUCCAUCAUUACAUAUCUAUAGUUGUACUUAAUACAAAUAAAGGACCUGGUAAGAAAAAACCUUAUAGGAAAAGAUAGGACACAUGACGCAGAUAGAAAGAAUCGUGACUCCUCUGGAGGUCAUAAAGAAAUAAUUUGUCGGGACCCUCAACUGGUGAAAAAGAUUAUUGCAGCUACUGCUCUUGAAGUGAGAGCUGCAGUAAUACCUUAUGCCUUUGCACCUUGUAUUGUGGUGCAUAAUUUUUGAAAAAUUCAGUUCCAGAAAUCAGAAUACUUCUUCCACUUGAUUUGCUCAGCAGUUCUUAGAAAUAUAUUUAUUUAAGGUACUAUUUUUGUUUCUUUAAGCUAAAUACUUAUAAACCAAUACCUUGGAUUGCUUUCCGAACUCGGAGCUUCAAUUCUAAGAAAAUCAAGAAUCAUAUCUAUAGUCAAAGUAUGUAUAUUUUGAUUUCUUCCGUAUGCUGUCUUCAAAAGAUCUUGUGUUGUCAACUUACUUUUAUAGGACCUUUUGUUUGGUGCCUUCUAUACUUCUAGGUCGAUAUGCAAUUCAGGUCGAUGAUAGAAAUAUUACAAGAUUUAUCACUCUUA